AUAUAACUGCUGUAGGCCGACGAUGACAGUAAUAAUCAGCUCUUUCUGUAGCUAAAUGUUCGUCAUUCACUUCUAUUUGCCAAUCAUUUCUUGAAAGCUGCUUGCUGCGACAGGAACAUGAAUCACACUACUAAUAAUUCGAGUAAAAAUUGUUGCCAAGGUGACAAUUAUCAAGUUGCUCACGGUCAUGUCAUUAUUCAAGCUACAUUUGGGGUUAUUGCAGUAACAGCAUUCCUUAGCAACGGACUAUUAUGUUACGUCAUCCUUAGAAACCGUCGUAUGUUGUCGUGGUCGUACAACGUGUUUAUCUUCAGUUUAGCUUUGACAGACAUGAUAACUGGUGUGUUUGUAGGCGUUACCCCUGGUUACAUCAUUUCACUUUCAUCAUUUCAAGUCUCCCCAGGCCUUUCCGGUGAAGUGUUCUGUCGUGUGAUUGGUUCUCAGUACAUCGUUUACAGUUUGGGAAAAGCAUCAGCCUUCACCGUUACGUGCAUGGCUAUUGAACGCUGGUAUUCAGUGGUAAGACCCAUACACUAUAGAGUGAACUUUUCUUAUCGACGUGUGACGGGAUACCUGUGUCUUCUGUGGUUUCUAAGCUUGUCUAUACAUAGUCCAGUCUUGUUUGAAAUGACCGUUUCCAAAGAAACACAAACUUGUAUAUGGGAGUCAGCCGGUUACUCAACGGAAGCAUCUGUUACCAUGUCAACCAUAGUGACGUUCUUCAUUCCAAUAGCAAUCACGUGGGCUAGCUAUUUGCAUAUUGCAAUCAAACUAAAGAGACCUCCACUGCCAGCUAUUGGUGCAGUUAGUGCGAGAGUUCGUGUAAAGUUAGCACGCAUGUGCAUGUUAGUAGCGUUUCUUCUCACUACUUGCUGGUUUCCAAAUCAAGUUUAUUACGUCUUGUCAUCCUAUGGACUGGUCAAACUAGAAACACCAUUUCAUCGUUUUACCAUUGUUCUAGUCAUGUUUAAUUCUUGUGUCAAUCCCUCCAUUUAUUGCUUCAGCAAUCAAGAAUACAAAAGAGCCUUCUUAGAUUUAUGGAGACCUUGUCUCGGAAAAUGCCGUCGUCAUAGAAACACUGUCAACACACAGGAAACCCAAAACUCCAUGAAAUCACUUAGUACAUUGACUGUACAGCCUGCGAUAAGACCUACUUGAUCACUAAUCAUUUGUGUUAUUAUUCUUACCAUAUAUAGUCAAUGAUAUGCAAUACGGAACAAUGACCUAUAUCAUAGUUCUGAAUAAUACAAUUUGUAGUAUGUGCAGAUUGAUGGGGUUACCUGUGGUGAGGUCAGACAAUAGGAUAUCCCCUUGUAAAUUGACACAACAGUUAUUGAUAGUAACACAAUAGCCGCAUUAAUACCUAUUGUAGUUCGUUUUGUGCCAUGAACCAAGUGGUUAUGUAGCUUUACACUAGGGUUUUGGAGAUAUUUUGCAGUUAUCCCACUAACA